AGCAUCCGGAAACGCUGACUAUCAUGGCCAAUCUGGCUUCAAAUUAUUCGCGUCAAGGGCGGUGGAAGGAGGCAGAAGAGCUGAAUAUGCAAGUGGUAGAGUUGAGAAAGAGGGUACUUGUGGAGGAGCAUCCGGACACGCUGACCACUAUGAGUAACCUGGCUUCAAAUUAUUGGUGUCAAGGGCGGUGGAAGGAAGCAGAAGAGCUGAAUAUGCAAGUAUUAGAGGCUAGAAAGAGGGUGCUUGGGGAGGAGCAUCCAGACACGCUGACUAGCAUAGCUAAUCUGGCUUCAACAUAUCGGGAUCAAGGGCGGUGGAAAGGGGCGGAAGAGCUGCAGGUGCAAGUAAUGGAGACGAGGAAGAGGGUGCUUAGGGAGAAGCAUCCAGACACGCUGGCUAGCAUGGAUAACCUCGCUUUUAUAUUAAAGCGCCAAAGUCGCGACGUGGAGGCCUUUUCCUUGAUGGAAGCAUGCACUCAGCUCCGCAAACAGGUUCUUGGAGAUCAACAUCCUCGCACAAAGUCGUCUCUUAGGACAUUGACCGAGUGGCAAGUAAGGAAUGUUGAGAUAGACCCAUAAUGCGCAUCAGUGUAUAUAAUAUGAAGUAAUUUAGAAUUGUA